CUUUCGGGCCUUUACAUCAUCCUCCCGUUGACAUUUCACGCCGUUGCUCUUACUCAAUAACACUUGUAAGGGCUACACGAUGAAGUUCAGGGGAGGAAAUUAAACAAAAAGCGUUGUGUUUUGGACUGAAAGACCAACGCGGCACGAGUAGGAUGUCUCAGGUGCUGAGGCUUCUCUCGGCGGCCGCCCUGCCUCUCUACCGGGCUGCUGGAGCCCGAGCUCGGCUCUCCGCUGGGACGGUAGGACGGCUUUUCACUGCCGGAUACCGGAGCGCCGCUGCCCCGAACGUCUGUCGGACUCGAGCUGACUUCCUGUCCUGUCGCAGGUUCCAGUCAGCUCAGCGACGACUGUACUCCACUGAACCCAAAGUUUCAGAUGGAAAAGAAGGAGGAGGAGCAGCAGGAGGAGGAGGAGGAAGAUCAGGCGGAGGGAAGAGAGGAGGAGGUGGAGGAGGAAAAGACUGGUGGAGCCGAAUGCAAAAGGGUGACUUCCCCUGGGAUGAGAAGGAUUUCCGUUACUUGGCGGUCACUGUGGCCGGAUUCAGUUCAGCUCUGCUCUACUUCUACUUCAGAGACAACGGCAGAGAGAUCACCUGGAAGGACUUCAUCCACCGCUACGUGGGCAGAGGAAUGGUGGAUCGGUUAGAGGUCGUCAACAAACAGUACGUCAGAGUCAUCCUGGUGCCGGGAGCCGACGCUGAUGCGAGCUACGUUUGGUUCAACAUCGGCAGCGUCGACACGUUUGAGAGGAACCUGGAGGCGGCGCACAUGGAGCUCGGCCUGGAGCCGUCGCACCGACCCGCCGUCGUCUACAGCACCGAGAGCGACGGCUCCUUUCUGAUCAGCAUGGUACCGACACUGCUGCUCAUCGGCUUCCUGCUCUUCACCCUGCGGCGAGGACCAAUGGGAGGAGGCCCUGGUGGCGGGAGGGGCGGGCCCUUCAGCAUGAGUGAGUCGACGGCGAAGAUGAUGACGGACAACAUUGAAGUAAAGUUCAAGGACGUGGCCGGCUGUGAGGAGGCCAAGCUGGAGAUCCUGGAGUUCGUCAACUUCCUGAAGAACCCACAACAGUACCUGGACCUCGGAGCCAAGAUCCCCAAGGGUGCUGUGCUGUCCGGACCUCCGGGGACGGGGAAGACUCUGCUGGCUAAAGCCACAGCCGGAGAGGCCAACGUCCCCUUCAUCACUGUUAAUGGCUCAGAGUUCCUGGAGAUGUUUGUGGGCGUCGGUCCUGCCAGGGUGAGGGACAUGUUCUCCAUGGCGAGGAAGAACGCCCCCUGCAUCCUCUUCAUCGAUGAGAUCGACGCUGUGGGGAGGAAGAGGGGAGGAGGGAACUUUGGAGGUCAGAGUGAACAGGAGAACACCCUGAACCAGCUGCUGGUGGAGAUGGACGGUUUUAACACCGUUACUAACGUGGUGGUCCUAGCUGGAACCAACAGACCUGACAUCCUGGACCCUGCACUGAUGAGACCGGGUCGCUUCGACAGACAGAUCUACAUAGGUCCUCCAGACAUCAAGGGCAGGGCGUCCAUCUUUAAAGUCCACCUGCGACCGAUCAAAGUGGACCCCAACAUGGACAAAGAUGUUCUGGCCAGGAAGAUGGCCGCCGCCACACCGGGAUUCACUGGAGCUGACAUCGCUAACGUCUGCAACGAGGCCGCGCUGAUCGCCGCCAGACACCUGAACCCGUCCGUCAACGGCAAACACUUCGAACAGGCCAUCGACCGGGUGAUCGGAGGUCUGGAGAAGAAGACUCAGGUCCUGCAGCCCACAGAGAAGAAGACUGUAGCGUAUCACGAGGCCGGUCACGCCAUCGUGGGCUGGUUCCUGCAGCACGCCGACCCACUGCUGAAGGUGUCAAUCAUCCCGCGGGGGAAGGGUCUGGGUUACGCCCAGUACCUGCCCAGAGAGCAGUACCUGUACAGCAGAGAGCAGCUGUUCGACAGGAUGUGCAUGAUGCUGGGAGGCCGCGUGGCCGAGCAGGUCUUCUUCGGCAAGAUCACCACCGGAGCUCAGGACGACCUGAAGAAGGUCACGCAGUCCGCCUACGCUCAGGUGGUGCAGUUUGGGAUGAGCGACAAGGUGGGGCAGGUGUCGUUCGACCUGCCCCGGCAGGGCGAGAUGGUCAUGGAGAAGCCGUACAGCGAGGCCACGGCCGAGCUGAUCGACGAGGAGGUCCGAGAGCUGGUGGAGCGAGCGUACCAGAGAACCAUGCAGCUCAUCGAGGACAAGAAGGAGCUGGUGGAGAUGGUGGGGAAGCGUCUCCUGGAGAAGGAGGUCCUGGACAAGGCAGACAUGUUGGAGCUGCUGGGCCCGCGGCCGUUUGAGGAGAAGUCGACGUACGAGGAGUUUGUGGAGGGGACGGGGAGCUUCGAGGAGGACACGAGUCUGCCGGAGGGCCUCCGAGACUGGAACCAGGAGCGAGGAGGGGAGGCCGAGGAGACGAGCUCCACUCGGGACAAACAGCAGGCCAUGUAGAGCCCGAAAACUCAGAUAUGAAAAACAAACGCUUCACAUCCCAGCUGCAAAAAACCAACUCAACGCUGACUCAGUUUCACAGAGCCUGGGAGGGGUGAGGGGGGAUUUUUAUUAAUAAUUUCCACUAAUUAUAGUGAUUCAAGUCCUCAAUUUACUUUGAAUUAUUAACCUGAGGGAACCAAACGCUCGAGGAUUUGAUUUCUAAUUUUGGACCGAGACGUGUGGAGACAUUUCAGGUUUUUUUGUUACGAAAACUCUUCUUUUUCAGAUGGAUGUAGAAAAGAGAAGGAAGGGGGCCAAUGAAUGAAUUAUUCCUGCUCUUAGUAAUUAAAGUUUAUUAAUGACUAAUUUGAGAGAAUGUUUGGUCAGAAAUGUUCCUCCUGAGAACCACCAGGCUCUGUUCGAUCUCCGGUUCAAUGUAGAAUUUACUUUGAUUUCACGGAGGCUGCGAUCAGUUUGUUUUUUCACUGUUCGGACAGGAAGACGCUCCGUGGCCUUAAACAGGAGACCAACACACAACAGGCUGUUUGUUUUUAAUAUUCCUGAACUUUUUUUUAAUUUAUUAUAUAAAAAGGGAGUUUUGCUCCCUGACUGACGUCGGCCUUCCUGAUAACGAGGAGGGGAAAAAGUUGAACACAGUCUGAAAAACUUUUCUGCAGCUAAAAUUUAAAACACUUCUACAGGUUUAAAUAUUUUGAGAAUUGAUGUGGAGUUAUUUUCCUGUAGUUGUUUUUACAACAUUUCAAGGUAACUUUUCUUGCAGUAACUGGUAACUCUGACAUGUUUCACUCGCUUCAGUGUUCAUGUCAGUCUACCACACCACAGCGGCCGUCAGUUUGGAUUUCUUUUAUACAAACACCUUGAUGCUGUAAAAAGAUGUGUAGGUGAUUAUAUACAUUUUGUGUGAUAAUGACUAAACAGGAAGCUGCUACAUCAGCCCACUGACUGAUGGGAAACAUUUAAUAUUUCAGUUUCUCUGAAGGAUUUCUGCUGAUUUUAAAGGAGAAAUCCCCCGUCGACACUGAAACAAAACAGUCGUGACUUCAGCCUCACAGCUUUCUGAUCCGUCUCCGCAGCAGCGUGAAAGGCUUGUCUUUAGUUAUCAGCUCCCCUGAAGGUAGUAAAACCAACUAAACUUAUCUUACUAACAAGUACUAUCUUUAUCGUCCAAAAACCAUUACAAACACGAGGCGAACUGUUGCAUUUGGUGACAAAUUCCCUUUAUUACAGUGGAGUUUCUCUCCGCAAAGUCUCCUAAAAUAAGAGAUAAAAUACAAUAACUGAAUUCCACACAUCAGGACAGGUUGGCAUGUUGUCUCUACUCCCUGAAAACACCGUCUUCUUCUUCUGGGUUAAAAUGCAGAUUGCAAACCACCACCUAUGUAGCAGAAUGUAGGUUAUUCAAAGUUCAUUUAAAACAGUGAAAAUUAGUCAAAUACAAGGUUAAAAGUAGUAUUCGCUCAUUUGACUGGUUCCAGACCAAACCGAAGCAUUUAAAGACACCAUUAACACCUUAAAUUCAUACAGGCGAGUGUGUAGGAUGCAGCCGCACAGCGAACUAUGAUUGCAGUCGACUGCAUAAACGGUCAGCCAGAAAUCAGUGGAUGAAAAUAAAAAGUACAAACGUAUAUUUAAGUUUCUUUUUUAAAGACAUUUAGAAUUGAACUCUUUUGUCACAAGAGGAAAAAUACAUUUCUCUCCAGUUUAACACCAAGAAAACAUUUUCAUGACAUCCAGACCUUAAAUUUAAGAACUUGCAGAAACGUUAAUAAUAAAAUCACACAUGCCAACGUUUGCAUAGUAUUAAUAAUUCAGACUCUGCUUCCAUCUGAAGCUUUCUGUAGCAGGCUGCUGGAAGUCACUGAGCUAUCAAUAACAGUAUCUGUAGGGGGAUUUGUUCUUUUUAAUAUCACUUCAGUGUCAUUGUUGCAGUUGUCCAGCAGGUGGCGACGUCACUGACUGUAGACAGGAUGUGAAAGUGCAGCUGCUGCGAGUCUGUGUACCUGCAGGAGGGUUCGACUAAUGAAGAUGCUCGAUGUUAAACAGCUGCUAAAUCUGACUGAACUUCUGUCUUCAGUGUCACGUGAGUCUUUGAACGCUGCUUCAGAGAUUUAUUAAAUUUAAUUAGAAGAAGAAAUUGAUAAUAUUGGCUUCAAACACAUGUAUCAGUUGAACCCUCCUGUACAUGAACUGUGUAUUUAAAGUGUAUUUCCUGCUGAAGCCCCGCCCUCCUGUGACCUCACAUGCUAUGACAGAAACAUGGACGUUAUAUGAAUGUGUUUGCCAGCUGUCAGUCAUGUGCUGAACAAUAAAUAUUCUUUAUAUCAAAAUCACAA